UGAGGUUCGAGCUGUCUCCUUCCCAGGUCCAUGCAGCAUCACUGAAAUAGGGCAAUGUAGACAUUCCACCUCUUUAACCGGAUGCUGCGUCUCUCUUGUUUGUGUAGGUUUACCUCUAGCAAACAUGAAAGUCCUCAUCCUGGGAAAACUCUCGAAGAAGAAGGAUGAGCUGAAGACCCUGGUGGAGGAAUUUGGAGGCAAAAUCACUAGCACAGCCAGUAAAGCCAAGCUUUGCAUCAGCUCGCAGAAGGAGGUGGACAAAAUGUCUAAGAAGAUGGAGGAGGUGAAGGAAGCCAAUGUCCGUGUGGUUUCGGAGGAUCUCCUUGACGACCUGCAGUCAGGGAAGGGCCUUCAGGAAUUGUUGUCGGUGCAUGGGAUCUCGUCGUGGGGAGCUGAGCUUGCCCCCGAGAAGGUCUCAGAGCCCCCUGUCGCUGGGAAAUCCACUGGCAGCAAGGUCACAAAGAACUCCAGUGGCAAAAUCAAGCAGGAGCAAGAAUCCAGCAAAUCAGAGAAGAAGAUGAAGCUGACAGUUAAAGGUGGGGCAGCUGUGGACCCUGACUCUGGGCUGGAGGACUCGGCUCAUGUCUUUGAGCAGGGAGGCAGAAUCCUGAGUGCUACCCUGGGCCUGGUGGAUAUAUCCCGCAGUCAGAACUCCUACUACAAGCUGCAGCUGCUGGAAGACGACAACAAGAAGAGGUUCACAGCGCCUAGGGUCAAGGGGGUUUCUGGGAUCAAGGGGACCGGUCCCAGGGUUGAGGGUGUGGUCCUGGUUUUUGGAGGAGGCGGUCAGGGGGUCAGUCCCAGGGUCAAGGGGGCUGACCCAGUGAUGGCUCUUUCCUACGCCGAGGGAGCCCUGAGACAAGGGUGGGCCAGGGCAGGGGGUGCUGGUGUCAUAGGGAUUGUGUCCUGCUGGGCCAGUGAGAGCUCUCUGAUAGGGUUCACUGUGAAAGACAGCCCCCUCUAUCAGUGCUGACACACAGACACACAUGCACAGGCACAGGCGCACACGCACAGACAUACGCAUAGACACAGACACACAUGCACAGGCAUGACAU